AUGUGCUCCAGACAGAGCGCCGGAGGCUGCCAUGGGAGCUCCUCCCAGUCCAGUGGAUGCCACAGCAGCUGCUGCUGCUGCCAUGGGGGCAGCUCCUCCAGCUACCAGGCCCAGGGCUCCUCCUGCUGUGGGGGCUCAGGGGGCUCCAGCUCAGGCAAGAUCAUCAUCAGCUCGGGUGGAGGAGGAGGAGGCUCCUGCUGCGGUGGGAGCUCCUCUGGCUACGGCAUGGGAGGAGGCUACAGCGGUGGAGGAUCAGCCCAGAAGAUCAUCAUCAGCUCUGGGGGAGGAGGAGGAGGAGGAGGAGGAGGCUCCUCAGGCUGCUGUGGUGGAGGAUCCAGCGGGGGAUCUUCAGGAGGGAAGAUCAUCAUCGGAGGAGGAGGUGGAGGAGGCUCCUCAGGCUGCUGCGGUGGAGGAUCCAGCUAUGGCAUGGGAGGGGGAUCCAGUGGUGGAUCUUCAGGAACAAAGAUCAUCAUUGGAGGUGGAGGUGGAGGUGGAGGAGGCUCCUCAGGCUAUGGCAUGGGAGGGGGAUCCAGCUAUGGCAUGGGAGGGGGAUCCAGUGGUGGAUCUUCAAAGGGCAUGAUGGGAGGAGGAGGUGGUGGUGGAGGCUCCUCUGGAUGCUGCAUGGGAGGAGGAUCCAGUGGUGGAUCUUCAGGAACAAAGAUCAUCAUUGGAGGUGGAGGCGGUGGAGGAUCCUCUGGCUAUGGCAUGGGAGGGGGAUACAGUGGAGGCUCUUCAAAGAGCAUGAUGGGAGGUGGAGGUGGUGGAGGAGGCUCUGGAUGCUGCAUGGGAGGGGGAUCCAGUGGUGGAUCUUCAGGAACAAAGAUCAUCAUUGGAGGUGGAGGUGGUGGUGGAGGAGGCUCCUCAGGCUAUGGCAUGGGAGGGGGAUCCAGUGGAGGCUCUUCAAAGAGCAUGAUGGGAGGGGGAGGUGGUGGAGGAGGCUACUCUGGCUGCUGCAGUGGGGGCUCCUCAGGCUAUGGGAUGGGAGGAGGAUAUGGUGGUGGCAGUGGAGGGUCUGGCCAGAAGAUCAUCAUCAGCUCUGGUGGUGGUGGAGGAGGAGGCUCCUCAGGCUGCUGCAUGGGAGGAGGGUCCGGUGGGGGCUCCUCGGGAGGCAAGAUCAUCAUGGGAGGUGGAGGUGGUGGUGGAGGCUCCUCUGGCUGCUGCAGUGGAGGAUCCAGUGGUGGUUCCUCAGGCCACACCAUCAUCAUCAGCUCUGGUGGGGGUGGGGGAGGCUCCACGCAGCAGAAGUGUCCCAUCGUGGUUCCCAGCAUGGGGUCCCACCAGAGCAAGCAGCCCUGCAGCUGGCCCUGCAGCCAACAGAAGUAA